AUGAUAGAAGCAAUUGGACAAUUUGGUCCAGGAUUGAAGCCACCCACACCUUAUCAGCUUGCCAAUCCUUUGCUGAAGAUACAUGUUGAGAAGGUAGAUGAAAUGCUGAAGGCCCAAAAGGAGGCAUGGGCUUCUACUGGAUGUUCUAUAAUGACAGAUGCUUGGACUGAUAGACGUGGAAGAAGCUUAAUGAAUUUGGUUGCUCAUUCUGCUAGAGGCGUGUGUUUCCUUCGUGACGUUGAAUCUUCAACAGAGGUUCAUGAUGCUAAGUAUAUCUACAGCUUGGUAAUGAGUUGCAUAUCCGAAGUUGGUGCUGAAAAGAUUGUACAAGUGGUCACGGACAAUGCGUCCAACAAUAUGGCGGCGGCAAUGUUACUUAAGCAGAAGCACCCUCAGAUAUUUUGGACCUCAUGUGCAGCUCACACCAUCAACCUAAUGAUGCAGGACAUCGGUAGUAUACCCAUUGUUAGUUCAGCAAUUACCAAUGCUAAGACCAUUACAAAUUUUUUCUAUGCACACACUAGAGUGCUGGCUUUUCUUCGCAAGUAUGCCAAAUGUGAUUUGGUUCGAGCCGGCGCUACUAGAUUUGCAAGUCAUUACUUGAACUUGAAGAGUUUGUAUACAAAGAGAAAGCAAUUGAAGCUACUGUUUGCAUCAAAUGAUUGGGCUGAUAGUUCUUUUGCUAAGAAGCAGUUAGGCAAAUGUGUAUACAAGCUUGUAAUGGACAAUAGGUUUUGGGCCAAGAUCAACCUGCUAGUGAACUAUUUUGAGCCACUUGCAAAUGUGCUUAGGAGGGUUGAUGGAGACACCCCGGCCAUGGGUUUUUUAUAUGGUGAUCUUCUACAAGCAAAGCAAGAAAUAGCAGCAAGGCCGAAUCACAUUGAGAACAAAUAUGUUCCUAUUUGGGAGAUCAUAGAUAGAAGGUGGGAUAACAAGAUGAAAACUGCAUUGCAUAAAGCUGGGUAUUUCUUGAACCCUUUCUUCUACUAUGACAGACAGAAUGAAAUGGCAGAAGAGGAUUUCCUGGAAUCAGUCAUAGAAUGUGCAUCUAUUAUAUACAAAAAUGACACAGAGGUGCAAGACAAUAUUGUAUCCCAGCUUAGUUAUUAUACAGAAGCCAUAGAUUCAUUUGGAACUAAGAUGGCCAUUAGACAAUGCGAGGUAGCACCUAUCAGCCCUGCAAGGUGGUGGACUAUGCAUGGAACCACUGCUAAGGACUUGAGGAAGAUGGCAAUUAGAAUCUUAAGCUUAACUUGUAGCUCUUCAGCAUGUGAAAGAAAUUGGUCUCCAUUCGAGAGGUACUCUGAGAGGGAAAGGGAUCCAUUGGUUGCAAAGUACAUAGAAAAUGAGGCGCCAAAUGAGUGGAUGUUAGAUGAAGAGCUACUAAAAGACGACGAACCAUCUAAAGAUGAAGCUGAGGAGGAGAUGGAGGAAGAGGAUGAAUCAGGGCAAGAAGAAGAACUAGAAGAAGAGGGCCAAGAUGAUGAGGAAAACAUCGAGGAGGAUGACCAAGUAGAGAUCGAUUUGAAUGAAGAUGAAGAAGAUGAUGGGGAUGGCGAAUGA